AAUCCGGGACGUUUGUUCAAAGUACUCGUCCCAUUGCCUCGUUGGUUUUUCAAUAUCUUGGCUAACGGAAAACCCAAAAUAGCCGUCCUCUUCCAAAUAUAACAACCACCAUGACCGUCUUUCAUUUACCACCUCGCUCCCUUGGUUUUUCGUGAAAACUCCCGCAUCAUCUCUCUAUCUUUCUGUCCCUAUUUCGGUAUUAUCAGACUCUCCUCUACACCAACUGUUUCUUCAGAGAAAGCUUCCGGGAUCAUCGUUACUAUCGACACUUUGCUUGGCGGGUUCCUUUGAAGAGACUCGGAUAAGUCGAAUUCUCUUCUGGGUUUAGCUGGCGGUUUUGCAAUUCAGAAGAUGACAAGUGAUGAAUGGAUAGCCUCGUCUGAGACAUUAGACAAUAUAUUUGAAUGCAAGGAUGGGGAUAGAGCCUGUUCAAAGGAAAGGAAGGGAAAGAGACUGUGGAUGAAAGUCAAAUAUCAACUUAUUGAGUACCACGCAUUGCCAGGAUUUUUAAGGGAUAACGAGUUUAUUCUGGGUCAUUACCGAUCUGAAUGGCCAUUGAAGCAGGUGCUCCUCAGCAUCUUCUCCAUUCAUAAUGAAACUCUGAAUGUCUGGACGCAUUUGGUUGGAUUCUUCCUUUUCCUCUUUCUGACCAUAUACACGGCAAUGCAAGCUCCUAGUGUCAUGGAUCUCACAUCCCUCAAACGUUUGCCUGACAUGGUCCAACAAGCUGAUUUACACCAGAUUCGUUCAGAACUCUUGAAUUGCCUUCCCUCGCUACCCAACUUGCCAGAUUUUCAUAAGUUAAAGGAUGAAUUAAGGACAUCAUUGCCAUCUAUGGAUUUUCUCUCCUCACUCUCAAGCUGGCAUUUUGUGCAACUCCUCUCCAACUGCUUGCGUGAGCAGUUCUCCCAGCAUGGUGUGAAAGAGGAUGUGAUGAACAUGAUAGCACCCCAAAUGGUCCGGCCAAUCACAAGAUGGCCCUUUUUUGCCUUCUUAGGUGGGGCCAUGUUCUGCUUGCUAGCCAGCAGUACAUGCCACCUCCUCUCUUGCCACUCAAAGCGCCUUUCUUACAUAAUGCUCAGACUUGACUAUGCAGGCAUCGCAGCUCUCAUUGCAACUUCCUUUUACCCUCCUGUCUAUUACUCCUUUAUGUGCAACCCCUUCUUCUGCAACCUCUACUUGAGCUUCAUAACUAUUUUAGGGAUUGCCACCAUUAUUUUCUCUCUGUCUCCAGCUUUCCAAACACCCAAGUUCCGGAACUUCCGAGCUUCCCUCUUCUUUGGAAUGGGCAUGUCAGGUGCGGCACCUAUAGUUCACAAGCUAAUAAUGUACAGGAAUCAGCCAGAGGCCCUCCAAACCACCGGCUAUGAGAUAUUAAUGGGGGCUUUAUAUGGAUUAGGAGCAUUGAUUUAUGCGACAAGGAUACCAGAACGGUGGAAGCCUGGCAGGUUUGAUAUUGCUGGACACAGCCACCAGCUUUUUCAUGUCUUGGUUGUGGCAGGGGCAUAUACACACUAUCAGGCUGGUCUAGUCUACCUCAGAUGGCGGGACGUGAGAGGUUGUUAGAUUUGAAACUCCCAACUGCCGACUGCGUGCUAGAUGGAUCUUUUUUAUGGUGUCUUCACUCUUCAACCUGUAUUAGUGAUAUAGUUUUUCCUUGCGGAUAAACUUAAAGACCACUUUCUUAUAAAAUGCAAGGGCCUUGCAUUUCAAAUGAACUUGGGAUUGGAAUUAUAUGGGGGCUCAGCCCAUAUUAUCGGUCAUGAAUAGAAACCACUUUCAAAUGAA